GGCAAUUGCUAAAAACUCAUCCAGUGUCCCCUACAGGGGGGUACAGCGUCUCCCCUAUCCACGACCGCGGGCCAUGGAGGCAGACCCCGCACCAUUCUAUCCCCGCGUCGCCGCCCUGCCUCCCUCCAGCUCGACGCCGCUGCCCGGCCUUUCUCCUUUGGCUCCUCCCUGCCGCAGCCAAGGACAGCACCCCGUCACCGCCGCGGGAGCUGAUGUUCCUCCAGUGCGCUGCGUUCGUCGAGCGCCCCAUCCUGCAGCUCGUGGAGGCACCGCAGCUCGCCCUGUCCACAAGGGAGAAGCCAUCCCGAACCCUCGUUCUGCCUCCUAUGGAGGAACCUCGAUGUGCACAUCCAUAUCGGCGCGGCGCAAGGCACACCUGAGCAAGCAGGCGCAUGGAGCUUUUGCUGCGCAUCUUCCUCACCCUCCUGUGCUACAUCCCAUGCCGCAGAGUGCGCCAACUAGCGCCCCCACUGCAGCAGGUGAUGCUGAUAGGGACGAUGCCUACCAUAUGCUCGAGGAAAUGCCUCCAAGUGAUCCAAUGGCUAGCGGUGGUUCCUUUACGGGUAUGCUGAGUGAUGAUGUUGGUAUAGAUGAUAUCUCCUUUUCAAUGCCAUAUGAACAAGAGAGAUAUGCUCAAAAGGAUGCUUUGACAUUCCUAUACCAACUGCAAAAAAAGCUCGCCAGUCAAGAUCAUCCAACUACACAACACAAGAAAAUGAAACAAGGUGGAUGGAGGUUAAAGCAAUGGAGGAGCGAAAGGCAACCAUUGAGGAGCGGAAGGCAACCAUUGAGGAGCGCAAAGUGGCCAUUGAAGAGGAAAAACUGAGGAUCAUGAGCGAGAAGGCGAUGAACAAAAAGUUGGAGCAGGAACAAAAGAUCAUAUUCAUGGACAGCAGUUGUCUUGAUGAUGACCAAAAAGCAUAUGUGAGUGCAGUGCGUGCACAGAUAUUAACAGCUCGAA